AUGUCUAAGGCCGGUAUACCUCCUCGCCAAAUUCUUUCUUCCUUGAGACAAAGUAAUCCCAAUGUUCAAGCUAUUGCUAAAACUGUUUAUAACAUGAAAGCGAAAUUCUGCCGUGAAUAUCUGAAUGGUCGCACUAUGAUUCAAGCUUUAAUGGAUGAGCUUAGUAUAGGUGGAUUCAUCUACAAUUUUAAACAUGAUGCUGAGGGUCACUUGACGCAUUUAUUUUUCUCACAUCCUAUCUCCAUGGCACUAACGAAGAGUUUCUCAAGUGUCUUUGUAAUGGACUGUACUUACAAGACUAAUAGAUACAAAAUGCCUUUGUUGGAUAUUAUUGGAGUUUCCUGCUUUAAUACAUCUUUCUACUCAUGCUUUGUCUUUUUGAGAAAGGAGGAAGAGGAAGAUUAUGUUUGGGCUUUGACAAUGUUUAGCAACAUAUUGGGUGUUGAUUGUCAACCUUCAGCUAUUGUCACUGAUAGGGAGUUGGCAUUGAUGAAUGCAGUUCGAAUCGUUUUUCCUAAAAGUGCGAAUUUGUUGUGUGUUUGGCACAUUGAGAAAAAUAUUGUGGCAAAAUGUAAACCUCAGUUCGAAGAAGGAACACAUUGGGAUUCUUUUAUGUCUGAUUGGUCCAAGGUUUUGAACUCCAAGACUGAAGCAGAAUAUGAUGAAAAUAUUCGGCAAUUUGAAUAUAGUUGUAUGGAAAAGCCAUCAGUUGUUAACUACAUAAAAAAUACAUGGCUUCCUUUCAAGGAGCUUUUUGUGACAGCUUGGACAGACUUGCACAUGCAUUUUGGAAACCGGGUUACUUCAAGAGCUGAAGGGGCACAUUCGACUUUGAAAGCAUAUCUACAAGUUUCAACAGGGGAUUUAGUUGAGGUGAAAAAGAAGAUAUGCCUUGCAGUUGAGAAUCAAUUUCAAGAAAUCAAAAGCAAAUUGUCAAGCGAAAAGGUAAGAGUUCCUCAUCAUCUUCAUAUUCCUCUUUUCAGGAACUUGAUUACCCGUGUGUCAGUAUUUACUUUAGACAAGCUUUACAAGCAAACUGAGAUUGCUAAAAGUAGGGUUGAACUACCUCCUUGUACCGGGCAUUUUGUGCAAUCCAUGGGACUUCCAUGUGCGCAUGAGAUAAGAUUUAGGUUUUCCGAUGGUUUACCUCUUGAUAUAAUUAAUCUACGAUGGAGGCUCGAUACAAGGUCCUUUUUGGACGGUGAUAUUACUCAAAAUUAUGAAGAAGAUUCAUUCAAGCAACUACUUCAUGAGUUGGAAAGGAAGUAUCAAGAAUGGCCGCUUUCCAAAAAGGAAAUUGUUCGAAAGCAAAUUGAGCAUUUUAUUCGAGCAAGUGAUACUAUCUUAUAUGAGCCCCAAAUUACAUCUCAUAAAGGUCGUCCUUCUAGUUCAAAAACUAAAGGAGAAGCAACUUCUACAAAACGUGAUCCUUCGGCAUUUGAGAUUAUUGAAAAGAGGAAGAGAUGUGGUACUUGUAAAUGUUAUGGUCAUAAUAGUCGGACAUGUAAAUCGAAAGGUGAAGAUCUCGGAUCAAACACACAGUCAAGAACCAUUGGAAUUCAUGGUGAUGAAAUAUAG